UGAUGGCCGGUAAGGGUAAUCACGUCAUUUCACAAACACAAUCCUUGAAUCUCAACAAUUAAUUAAGACGCUGAAACUUCGAACCUUCUUCUCCAAAACUCUUAUAUCUCAAUUCUCACACCAACAACACAACACAACACAACGAGUCAUGGAGCUUCAACUAGAUUCCAUGGCCGCUUCAAUCGGAGUUUCGGUCGCCGUUCUCCGUUUCCUUCUCUGCUUCGUCGCCACCAUUCCCUUAAGCUUCUUUUGGCGUUUUGUUCCUGGUCGUCUCCCUAAACACUUCUACUCCGCCGCCGUUGGUGUUUUUCUCUCUUAUCUUUCGUUUGGAUUCUCUUCUAAUCUUCAUUUUCUUGUUCCUAUGGUUCUUGGUUAUGCUUCUAUGGUAAUUUAUCGUCAGAGAUGUGGUAUCAUCACUUUCUUUCUUGGAUUUGGUUAUCUCAUUGGUUGUCAUGUUUAUUACAUGAGUGGUGAUGCUUGGAAAGAAGGUGGCAUCGAUGCAACUGGGGCUUUAAUGGUUUUGACAUUGAAGGUUAUAUCAUGUGCAAUUAAUUAUAAUGAUGGAAUAUUGAAAGAGGAAGGUUUGCGUGAUGCACAGAAGAAAAACCGUUUGGUUAAAUUGCCUUCUGUUAUUGAGUAUGUUGGUUUUUGUCUUUGUUGUGGAAGUCACUUUGCUGGUCCUGUUUUUGAAAUGAAGGAUUAUCUUGAUUGGACUGAAGGACAAGGGAUUUGGAGUUUUGGUGCAAAAGGACCAAAACCAUCACCAUAUGGUGCUACAAUUCGAGCUCUACUUCAAGCUGGUUUUUGUAUGGGAUUGUACUUAAACCUCGUGCCUUAUUUUCCUCUGACUAAGUUUACCGAGCCUUCAUAUCAUGAAUGGUGCUUCUGGAAAAAGUUGGGUUACCAGUAUAUGUCUGGCUUAACAGCACGUUGGAAAUAUUAUUUCAUUUGGUCGAUUUCAGAAGCUUCUAUUAUCAUCUCCGGCUUGGGUUUCAGUGGCUGGACUGAUUCCUCUCCACCAAAGCCGCGUUGGGACAGAGCUAAAAAUGUGGAUAUAUUAGGUGUUGAGUUUGCAAAGAGUGCAGUUGUAAUUCCAGCUGUGUGGAAUAUUCAAGUCAGCACCUGGCUUCGCCAUUAUGUUUAUGAUAGACUUAUCCAGAGUGGGAAGAAGCCAGGGUUUCUUCAGUUGCUUGCCACACAGACCGUUAGUGCUAUUUGGCAUGGGUUGUAUCCUGGAUACAUUAUAUUCUUUGUUCAGUCAGCAUUGAUGAUUGCUGGUUCCAGAGUCAUUUACAGAUGGCAGCAAGGUGUGCCUCCAACAGUUAAAAAUGCCCUGGUGUUCGCUAAUUUUGCUUACACACUUCUGGUUCUAAGUUAUUCCUGUGUUGGCUUCAUGGUAUUAAGUCUGCAUGAAACUCUUGCCUCAUAUGGAAGCGUGUAUUUUAUUGGAACCGUUCUACCUAUUGUUAUCAUCCUUCUUGGUAAAGUGAUCAAGCCUGGAAGGCCUGCCAGAUCGAAAGCUCGAAAGGAAGAGUGAGGUAAACAGUGCAGUUAUUCUCUUUGGAGUUUUUCAAAUCAAAUUAGGAUAGUGGGAAAGGCUGGCUGGAUCUUCAGUUUCCACGGGUUCAGCUCUGGUUUUAAAUGAAUUGUAACAGCUCCUUUAGUCUUGAAAAUGGUUCGGCAGUUUUAUAUUAUUGGCUUUAGCAUUGAAUUGUAUUUUUGUGGUUAGAAACAUCAAUGUUGACGGGUUGAUAAAAGUGAUUAUUGAAGAAAUGUUGGGAACAAGUUUUUCUGUGAUUUUAGUGCUCUUUUGGCUCUUGAUUCCAAACAAUUAAUGCAAACAAGUCUAUUUUUUCAAA